AAAAGGGACAGAGUGCACCCUGCUACAUUUCCUAAUCGUGAAGUUGGUGUCCAGGCAGCAGGACCGAAGUGAGCUGGUCACGAUGCAACGGCUCCUCCAGGGCACUACGUUUGUCCUGGCCCUUGCCCUCCUCCUGGUUUUUGAUUCUUCGGUUCAAGGUUCUCCUGUGCGGAGGGCCAGGUACCAGUGGGUACGCUGUAAUCCUGAGAGUAAUUCUGCAAACUGCAUUGAUGAAAAAGGACCAAUGUUCAACCUGCUUCCAGAUGAAACCAACAGAAUCCUCCCUCCAAGGACUGACCCUUUUUUAAUGACAGGAUCCCAGAACUUGAAUGAUGUCUUCCCUCUCUCUGAGGACUAUUUUGGAUCUGGAUCUGGAUCCGGGUCUGGCUCUGGCUCUGGCUCAGGAUCUGGAAGUGGCUCUGGAAGUGGCCUCCUCACUGAAAUUGACCAGGAAUACCAACCAGUAGAUGAAAAUGAUGCUUUUUAUUACAACUUUAGGCCUCUCAAGAGAAAUCUGCCCUCAGACAACCAGGACUUGGGCCAAGAUGGACCAGAAGAGAAUUUCAUUCUGUGAAAGAGAGGGUUUCCCAUUUUGAUGCCAGGCAAUGCAUUCUAUCUAUACGUUUUAUGUACCGGAGUGAAAUGAUCCAUUCUGGAAUGAAAAAAGGUUUAUAGGAUUUCAAAAACAUCUGAAAGAAAAGUUUAGGUUUUAUCACCUUUUUUUCUUCAUGAAUUCUUCAAGCUUCCUUCACGUAUCCUGUUGUCCUGGAAAAUACCUGCAUUCCCUUUGUAUCGUAUUCAACCAACAUCACUAUGAAAUUACCUAGACUGCCCACGUCUAGAAAAUGGCUUUAAAGAAUAACUUAACCUGUUUAAAAAAAAUUCAGCCUGAGAAACAAAUUGACAAGUGAUAUUUCACACCCCAGCCUUCAGAAACCUGACACUGAUUGUGAAUUUUAUUGAUACGCCCCUUUUCUUAUGAAAAAUCCAGAUGAAACACCGGGUAAAUUUAUAGAGUGGGUGGGUAAUUGACAAGUCCCCUGUAAAGUGUACCACUCUAUUGUUACCACUGGAUGUGCUGGGAGAGCUGGUGGGGUGGGCCAUGUUUGCUGAGAACUACGAUUGGUGUUACAAUUAGAAACUUAGGACCCAAACUAAAGCACGACUGUGCUCGGAAUACUUCAUACUGCUUUCCUUUUUUUUUUUUUUUUUUCCUGGCUAUCUGUGUAUUUUCAAAUGUUCCUCUAUUAAAGCAGAACUAUAAUCAAUGA